UAAAGAUUGCUGUUUAACAUUUCGGCCCCGGCCACGUCCUGCUUCUCUCGACACGACAAAGAACAGGCCGACGCUGUGUCUGUGGGCGCGAGUUACACCGGGUUGACAAUGAAAAUGUGUUCAAGGGACACUGUGUGCCUGAAUAGUUUAACUCCAGCAGAUGGACGGAGACAGCUCAACCACCGACGCCUCCCAGCUGGGCAUCACUGGAGAGUACAUGGCCUCUGGUCACUACGUCCUCCAGUCUCAAGAUGACGAUGCAGAUGAGAGUCUGAACGACCACGAUGACGGAGGUGUGAAGGAGAACUUCAGGGAGCAGGACAUCUACCUUCCUAUCGCUAACGUGGCUCGCAUCAUGAAGAACGCCGUUCCUCAGACUGGAAAGAUUGCAAAAGACGCCAAGGAAUGCGUGCAGGAGUGUGUGAGCGAGUUCAUCAGCUUCAUCACGUCGGAGGCAAGCGAGCGCUGCCACCAGGAGAAGAGGAAGACCAUUAACGGGGAGGACAUCCUGUUUGCCAUGUCCACGCUGGGCUUCGACAUGUACGUGGAGCCGCUGAAGCUUUACCUGCAGAAGUUCAGAGAGGCCAUGAAGGGAGAGAAGGGGAUCCCUGGGGUGUCAGUGGGAGACGGCCUGGGAGAGGAACUCACAGACGAUAGCUUCCCAAAUCCUUUGCCAGCUGGGAUUAUCACUGCAGACGGUCAGCAGCAGAACGUCAUGGUGUACACCACCUCAUAUCAACAGAUCCCUACCGUACAGCAGAUCCAGUUCUCAUGACGAGGCCUGAACGCAGCAGCUCCUUACCAGGCCCACGCUCUGACACUCACAUGACCUCUGACCCUGCUGCAGGGCAGAGGCCAUCAGACAGAGGGGGAGGAGGGGAGAAAGAGGUGUCUGCAGAAACCCUCAUGUACAGAGAAAUCACUACCUGUUGAGUAGAAAGUGUAGUUCCUAGAUGUGAGGUACCAAAUGUUCCGGAGUGACUCCGGGCAGCUGGGAAAUUGAGGCUUUAUUUUAAAGGCUAGUGUUAUUAUUACAUUAUUUAGUGGUUGAAAUCUUCCGUGCGUGCUGUUAAUGUGUUUGCUUUUAUGCAUCUUCUUCCAGGGUGGGCGGGGUUGAGGGAAGUGUUGAAGCUUAUUUUUGAACGUCUUCUCUGUUUGAACCGAGAGAAGCCAUGUUGAUAUUUCUCAUCAGAUCAUGCAGCUCUUUUUGUAAGUUCACUUAUGUACCAUGUGCUUUAAUGUUAUGGAAAUCCUUUGAAUAAAAAUUCAAAAGAGACA